GACAAGCAGGCCGCCAUGAUGGGAUCCAAGAAGGAACAAUCGGUUUGCUGAUGAUGUUUAAACGGAAGGACAGCGAUGCGCGACCGAUAACAAAUGGUCCGUGUUUGUUCACAUUAUACAACUAAACCUACAUUAUGAAAGACCAUGCAAGGAUCUUAGGUAAUUUUUCUACUCCCUACUUCCGCCCCUGGGGCUCUCAGGGCGUGACGGCGGCCGUGGCCAGUCUGUUCUGUAUCUGGAUCACCCUGACCAACGUUCUGCUCAUCGCCAUUCUCCUGACGAACAAACCUCUGCGACACCAGCGUCAGAUCAUCUUCGUACUGCACAUUGCUCUGGCCGACCUGGCGGUGGGCUUGUUUUACUGUCCUCUCACGGCAGACUUCUUCUUGAAGCAGGUGUGGACGCACAGCUGCGACAGUCUGUUCUGGUGGAACACGUUCUUCCACCCGGUGAGCUUUCUCAGCACCCACUGUAUAGGACUGGUGAACUUCUACCAGUUGUGUGCCGCCUGCUGCCGUCUCAACGUGCGCUCGUUCGUGAAGAACUUCCUCACCAUACUGCUGCUGGCUCUCCUCUGGUUCUAUCUCAUCUGCCUCUUUUUCAUGCUGCAGAACUUCAGGUCACAGAAGAUAAAGGUUCUUAUCGAAACCAAAGACGUCUGUCUGUCUUCGAUGGAUUAUUUGGGUGCGGUGGCGACAGCCAUGAUGGUUUACUUCGCCCCUGCCGCGGUCACCGUCAUACUCUACGUCACGCUGGUCGGUGUACGCGCGUUCAGGCCGACGCCCAUUCCUCACGAAGAGCUAAAUAGCCCAGAACCUCCACCGGUCAUCUCGCUUCCUGUGCUGGGUAUCGCCAACGUGGUCAGUCUGGUGAUGCCUCUUCCGUACUUCAGCACUCUGGUGAGCGUGUCACUGGGGAGCUGUGCCUCGUUCAACUGCAUGUCGUGGAUCCUGCCGGUGAUGACCAUCUUUGAGUGGCUCCUGUUCGCCAAGUCCGGGAUCCAGCCCUGCAUGUGGCUUCUCAACUCACAGUUCACUGACGCCAUUUUCCCAAUCGUACGUAAUUUCCGGUCGAGACCAGCGAGGACUCACAUGCAGCUGGAUCAUCAUGAUGCCGACUUGCAGGGCCAAGAAGACUCUUUCCACGAGAUUUAAAUUCGUCACCCCCCGUUCGCUGAAAUGUGGAUCGACACCUGACCAGCCUCCAGUCGGUUUAACUGGUCAGUCCUGUGGACAAUUACAUUAUUUUCAGUAAUUAAAAUUAAAACUUUAAUAUAAAAACUGAACAAGAACCAAGAUGGUAUUUCUUACAUUUGUGCUUGAACAAUCUAUAAACAGCAUGGAUGAAAUAGAAAAUGUGAAAACGUUUCAGUAUUCUGGUGUCCAUUAUGUAUCAUCACAUAUACAUUUUAAAAUGAUAUUCAAGAUGAGUUGUCUGCACAGAAUCAGUUAUUGGAAUAUAUCUGACAGUUAUGUAAUGCUUAAUACCAACGCACGGCUGGUAAUCUAAUCAAGCAUAACAUAUGCAAAGAAAACAUAAUAUGAGAGAUCGUCUGGUUGUGAAUAUGGCGGCUGAUUCCUGCCAAAUCGGACGAUCGUUCUUCGUACAAAUAAUCCACUUAUGCAUCAUCUAAAACAUGUUUGUAGAAAAGGAAAACCCAGUACGCUAUAAAACAAGCUUACAUUUAUAUCAGCAAAUGGUUUCACGUAGGUGGAACCUCAAGAUGUCAAAAAACCUGGGAUAUUUGGAUGAUUUGGGUUUUUUGUUCGAUCCGAGUGUUAAUUCAAUGCCAUCCAAACGUGACAUGAGUGCGAGGCACGGUAAUGGUAUGUAGAUUAUGUGUCCGUUCUCAUUAAACGUCUACAACGAAGUGUGCCACGAAAUAGUCUCGAACAAUACAAUACCAUAGAUGAAAAGUAUUAUGCGUUAGUUUGCUGAAUAUCCUUGGGAGUACAAUAUACAUGUAUACGUGAGGGAAUCUUAUCAUUCACUGUUGACAACUGGUGUAGACCGGACCAUGCAUGGCACUCCCACGCAUAUCGAGUGAGCUGUGGCUUAACAAUUUUUAUUUAUAGUACUUUUUUUUUCUUACUUUUUUUUUCAUGACUAUUUUGUUGCAAACUAUGUUGUUGUCUUUUAAUGAGAAGGGAUACAUAAUCGACACACCGUUACCCUGUAUCCGAUACAAAUGUAUAGUGAAAUAUUACGCUUGGCUGACACGAAAUAACACCUGGAUCGGAAAAUUAUUAAAAUGUUUCAUGCUUUUU